UAGAAGAUGUGAGGAUCAGUGAGCGAUGUGGAGGAAAGCACUGUCCUUUCUCCCGCAGAGAGCCUUCUCUUCCGCACCUGAAAUCCCAACCCUCUACUCCUUCCUCCAACCUUCCGUCUUUGCUCUCAACAAAACCCCGCCACCACCAUCACCACCCUCCCAGAAUCCGCCCCCACAAGCUUUAACCGCAGACCACAUAGCCACCCUAGAAACCACCCUCUACCAGUCAAUCAUCACCGCAAGCACUGAUGAGGCAUGGAAGUCCUUCAAGACCCUCACCGGAAACUCUGCCUUCCCUAGUAAGUCCCUCACCAACUCUCUCAUCGCCCACUUGUCCUCACUCAAUGACAUUCAUAAUCUCAAAAGGGCUUUUGCCUCGGCGGUUUAUCUUAUAGAGAAGAACCCUAAGUUAUUGGACUUUGAAACCGUGGGAAAACUGUUGGAUUCUAUGAGAUGUUCCAACACUGCUGCCCCUGCUUUUGCUUUGAUCAAGUGUAUGUUCAAGAAUAGGUUUUUUGUGCCCUUUGGAGUGUGGGGAAAUGUGCUUGUUGAAAUCAGCAGGAAAAAUGGUAGCUUUGUUGGGUUUUUGCGGGUUUUCGAAGAGAGUUGUAGGAUUGCUUUGGAUGAGAAGUUGGAUUUUAUGAAACCUGACCUGGCCGCUUGUAAUGCGGCAUUGCUGGGUUGUUGUCGUGAGCUUGAAUCGGCGAGUGAUGCCGAGAAAGUUGUUGAAACAAUGUCGGUUUUGGGUAUUAGGCCGGAUGAGUCGAGUUUUGGCUCUCUUGCUUAUUUGUAUGCACUUAAGGGGCUUGAAGAGAAGAUAAUUGAGUUGGAAGGUUUGAUGGGUGGGUUUGGUUUUUCGAACAAAAGCGUCUUUUUCAACAAUUUGGUUAGAGGGUAUGUUAAAUCAGGCACUUUAGAAUCUGUUUCAGCAACUGUUCUGCGUAGUUUGAGGGUAGGUUGCAAAGAUACAAAUUUUGGUGAAGAAACUUACUGUGAAGUGGUUAAGGGAUUUCUUGACAAUGGGAGUUUCAAGGGUUUGGCGUCUUUGAUCACUGAAGCUCAAAAGUUAGAGCCUUCAACGGUUGUGGUUGAUAGAUCUGUUGGCUAUGGUAUUGUUAAUGCUUGUGUUAACCUUGGAUUAUCGGAUAAGGCACACAGCAUUCUUGAGGAAAUGGAUGUUCAGGGAGGGUCUGUUGGGCUCGGGGUCUAUGUGCCGAUCUUGAAGGCUUACUGCAAAGAGCAUCGAACAGCUCAAGCUUCUCAGUUGGUCAUGGAAAUUAGCAAUUCAGGCCUUCAGUUGGAUGUAGAGACCUAUGAUGCAUUGAUAGAUGCAUCGAUGUCAAGCCAAGAUUUUCAAUCAGCCUUUUCGUUGUUUAGGGAUAUGAGAGAAGCAAGAGUACCUGACCUUAAGGGGAGUUACUUAACUAUAAUGACUGGCUUAAUGGAGAAUCAUCGGCCCGAGUUGAUGGCAGCCUUCUUAGAUGAGGUUGUUGAGGAUCCUAGAAUUGAAAUGGGAACCCACGACUGGAAUUCAAUUAUUCAUGCUUUUUGUAAAGCGGGUCGAUUAGAAGAUGCAAGGAGGACUUUGAGAAGGAUGACAUUCUUGCAGUUUGAGCCAAAUGACCAGACAUAUUUGUCCCUAAUUAACGGGUAUGUGACUGCAGAGAAAUAUUUCAGUGUUUUGAUGCUCUGGAAUGAGGUUAAACGAAAAGUUCCAACUGAUGGGCAGAAGGGGGUCAGAUUUAAUCACAACUUGGUUGAUGCAUUCCUUUAUGCUUUGGUUAAGGGAGGUUUCUUUGAUGUAGUGAUGCAAGUAGUGGAGAAAAGUCAGGAGAUGAAGAUUUUUGUGGAUAAGUGGAGAUACAAGCAAGCAUUUAUGGAGACCCAUAAAAAGCUCAAAGUGUCAAAAUUGAGGAAGAGGAACUUUAGAAAAAUGGAAGCACUUAUUGCUUUUAAGAAUUGGGCUGGUCUGAAUGCUUGAACUUCAACAGUGCCAAUUGGUUAUGUUGUCCAUUUGAACUUCUGCUGACAGCUCGUUCUGCUUAGCAACCAAUUUUCUGUGGAAUUUUGGGCAAGGAACUCGAAAAGUGGCUCGCUUCCAAAAACUGGGUUUGUUUACCAUGCAACAGAAACUCCUGAUGCUUACAUUGUUGACAAAGGCUUCUGCUGACAAUGCAGAGAGAAGUGUCUGCUUGGAUUUUCAAAUUGUAAAUGAAAGAGGGGACCUAAGGAAAAUGAAAGUUCUCUAAGGCCUCUGCUUGUGAUACAAAGUUCAGAGGCUACCUCCGCAGCACAAGUGUGAAUUUUUCGAUUGUCUCUGUUAACAAAGGCUGAAUUUCAUAAGUUAAAUAAAGUGACUUGGCCUGGCAGUUUAAACCAGUUGGGAGAUCUCUCCAGCUGCUCAGCUUCAAUGGGAAUGCAGAACAACUCCGAAAACAUGUUAUGCCAGGAACCACUACAGGAAAACUGCUUCAGUUUUCCAUUUUACUCUUUUUGAUGUUUUACUUAUUUGGACUGGUCUGGAACUUCACUGGUUUUUUGCCUAGCACUAGCAGAAAUUAGAACCCAGGUUUUCUGGUUGUAAGCAGCUGGAUGGGUAGCAUAAUUUUCAUUCUUGGUUUGAUUAUUGAAGUGAGAUCAAUAAAGGGCUAAUUUUAACCUCA